CCACGUUGAGUUUGUCUGUGGCGCUAAUUAAUUUUUCCAAAGUCUGGGAGGGCUUCGCUGCAAGCCGGGAUCCUGUUGCUGCCGCUGCCAUCGACGGCUCUUCACCCUCCUCCUUGUUCUCCUCUUCCUCCUCCUCCUCCUCCUCUCCUUCUCCUCUUUGCAUUGCACAGCCCGGUUGCUGGGGCCCCCUCGACUGCAAUAAAAUGUUUGACGGCUCCUUCCUGUCUCUUAUAUCGCCCGUUCUGUUACUGCUGCUGCUUUGCGAACCGGGCAUCAAUACAGCCGGUGCAGAGCUGGCCGUGGUGAUCCCGGAACAGGUGCCCCUUGAACGGAUCCGUUUCCUGCAGGGCAAAGGGAGGAGCACCGAGGAAGGCCGGAGACGACGCUCUGCGUUUCUGCAGCCAGCAGCAGCGGAGGCAUUGAUCGUCCGCCUUCCUGCGGGUAUUGGCCCUGAUCCGGGUUCCGACCUCUACCUGAACCUUCACCGGAACGUGCAGUUUUUGGCCCCGGGUUUCUCCGUGGAGGAGAUUGGCGUGGACCAGAGCAGCCGCCGAGUGGACGUAGAUCAGCUCUGCUUCUACACGGGCCACGUGCUGAACCGUAGCCACGACUCCUUUGCUUCGCUCAGCGCCUGCGGCGGUCUGGUGGGCUACAUCCAGAUUGGAUCGGAACAGGUGCAGAUCCAGCCGGUGAACGUUUCCGAGACCUCGUUCGAUGGGAAGGAGCACAUUGUCAGGCGCAAACGGUCUGCCCGAUCAGCCCGUCCUGGCAAGGCGGAGGAGAGCCCAACUGAACGCUGCAGGGUGGUAGCAGAAAAGAAGAGGCAAAAGAAGACCAAGCUUACCAAUGACUGGAGAGAACGAAGGAAUGCUAUUCGACUCACAAAUGAAUACACCGUGGAAACGCUGGUGGUGGCAGACUCAGAUAUGGUCCAGUACCACGGGGCUGACGCUGCCCAAAGGUUCAUUCUCACCGUGAUGAACAUGGUGUACAACAUGUUCCAACAUCAGAGUCUUGGAGUUAAAGUCAAUAUUCGAGUGACUAAGCUAGUCCUGCUUCGAAGACGUCCUGCCAAGCUAUCCAUUGGUCACCAUGGAGAGAGGUCCCUGGAGAGCUUUUGCCACUGGCAAAAUGAAGAGUUUGGGGGUGCAAAAUACCUUGGAAAUAACCAGGUUCCGGGAGCGCGAGAUGACACCCUUCCAGUGGAUGCUGCUGUCUUUGUUACCAGGACAGAUUUUUGUGUCCACAAAGAUGAGCCCUGUGACACUGUGGGAAUUGCCUAUCUUGGGGGUAUCUGCAGUGCGAAGAGGAAGUGUGUUCUUGCAGAAGAUAAUGGGUUGAACCUGGCCUUUACUAUUGCUCAUGAACUGGGACACAACAUGGGCAUGAGCCAUGAUGAUGACCACUUGUCCUGUGCUGGGAGAUCUCACAUCAUGUCCGGAGAAUGGGUGAAGGGCAGAAACCCGAGUGACCUCUCGUGGUCUUCCUGUAGUCGUGACGACCUUGAAAAGUUUCUCAAGUCCAAAGUGAGCACCUGUUUGCUGGUAACGGACCCACGGAGUCGGUAUGCUGUGCGGCUUCCAUACAAACUUCCAGGAAUGCACUAUAGUGCAGAUGAACAGUGUCAGAUCCUCUUUGGAACCAAUGCAACUUUCUGCAAGAAUAUGGAGCAUUUGAUGUGUGCUGGUCUCUGGUGCCUUGUGGAAGGAGAUGCAUCUUGCAAAACCAAAUUGGAUCCUCCUCUGGAUGGCACGGAAUGUGGGGCAGACAAGUGGUGUCGGACUGGGGAGUGCGUCAGCAAAACUCCCAUUCCCGAGCACAUCGAUGGAGAUUGGAGCAUGUGGAGUCAGUGGAGCAUGUGCAGCAGGACAUGCGGGACGGGUGCCAGAUUCCGGCAACGCAAAUGUGACAACCCGCCCCCUGGGCCUGGGGGCAAAAACUGUCGAGGAGCAAGUGUUGAACACACAGUUUGUGAAAAUUUGCCCUGCCCCAAAGGGAUGCCCACGUUCCGGGACCAACAGUGCCAGUCUCAUGACAGAUACACCAACAAGAAGAAAAGCCUCUGGACUGCUGUUAUCAUGGAUGAUAAACCCUGUGAACUUUACUGCUCCCCAUUCGGGAAAGAGUCGCCCGUAUUGGUGUCAGACAGGGUAGUUGAUGGGACUCCCUGUGGGCCGUACGAGACGGACCUCUGCGUUCAUGGCAAGUGCCAGAAAAUCGGCUGUGACGGGAUCCUUGGCUCGGCUGCCAAAGAGGAUCGUUGUGGCAUCUGUAGUGGAGAUGGCAAAACCUGCAAAGUGGUGAAAGGGGACUUCAACCAUACCAAAGGGAUGGUAUCCCAUAAUCAAUGUAAGAAGGUUUCCACAUGUGUGAUGGCAAAGGCAAAGGCGGUUCCCAAGUGUUUCUCGUGUUAUAUCGAAGCAGCAGUGAUCCCAGCUGGGGCGCGACGGAUCCGUGUGAUGGAGGAUAAACCUGCCCACAGUUUUCUGGCUUUGAAAGAUUCCAGUAAGAAAUCCAUUAAUAGCGACUGGAAAAUUGAACUUCCAGGCGAGUUUCAGAUUGCAGGAACGACUGUCCGGUAUGUCCGAAGAGGUCUGUGGGAGAAAAUCUCCGCCAAGGGGCCGACUAAAAUACCACUCCACUUGAUGGUGCUGUUGUUCCAUGACCAGAACUAUGGGAUCCACUAUGAAUACACCAUCCCUGUAAACUACUCAGCCGAAAACAGAAGCGAGCCAGAACAUCAGCAAGACUCCUUCUACAUCUGGACACACAGUGGAUGGGAAGGAUGCAGUGUCCAAUGUGGAGGAGGAGAACGUAAAACCAUUGUGUCCUGCACACGGAUUGUUAACAAGACCAUGAUGUUGGUGAACAACAGCGCUUGUCAGCGAGUGACCCGCCCAGAACCCCAGGUCAGAAGGUGUAAUGUACACCCUUGCCAGUCAAGGUGGGUGGCAGGGCAGUGGAGCCUUUGUUCUGCAACGUGCGCCAAAGGCAUCCAGCAUCGAGAAGUGGCAUGCGUCUAUCAGCUUCAGAACGGCACCUAUGUCAACACCAGGGAUCUAUACUGCCUCGGGCCAAAGCCAACGCCAGUUCAAAGCUGUGAAGGCCGAGAUUGCCUUUCUAUCUGGGAAGCAUCGGAAUGGUCUAAGUGCUCGUCUGACUGCGGACGAGGAAAACAGAAGCGAACAGUCACGUGCACCAACUCACAAGGGAGGUGUGAUGCAGGCACCAGGCCACGGGAUGAGGAAGAGUGUGAGGAUCACACAGGCUGUUUCGAGUGGAAGACGGGGGACUGGUCCAAGUGCUCCUCGACGUGCGGUAAAGGCCUUCAGUCCCGUGUGGUACAGUGCAUGCACAAGGUCACCGGUCGUCACGGCAAUGAGUGUCCUGUCCUCUCCAAGCCUGCAGCCUACCGACAGUGUCACCAGGAGGCCUGCAACGAGAAGAUAAACGUCAACACAAUUACCUCUCCAAGGCUCGCUGCUCUGACCUACAAGUGUACUGGAGACCAGUGGACAGUAUACUGCCGGGUGAUUCGGGAAAAAAACCUCUGUCAGGACAUGAGGUGGUACCAGCGCUGUUGUCAGACCUGCAGAGACUUCUACGCAAGCAAGAUGCAACAGAAGAGUUAAUGAAACCUGCCGCGGCUCCCUAGGGUAUCACAGCUCAUAUGUACUUCUCCAUACCAUGUAUCGUUAACUUAUGGAACUCGCUGCCACGAGAUGUGGCAAUAGCCACUUAGCUUAGACUAGACAAGUCCUUGGAGGAUA